GUUGAAAUUAUUAAAAUUAUAAAACUAAGUAUAAAAUAGUAAUUUAAUUCUUUAAAAAUAGUCUUAAUAAAAAAAUGGGAAGGUGUUGUGCUGUUCAUGGUUGCCUCAGUGGCCGAAAGGCAAGUGGAAAUGCAGGGAAAGUGGGUUUAUUCAAAGUGCCAAAAGAUGAUGAAAUGCGUAAGAAAUGGAGCUUUGCUGUUAAUCAAGAUUUAAAAACUACUAGUUACGUAUGCGAAUUACAUUUUAAUCCUGAAGAUGUGAUUAAAAGUAAUCAGGAGAUUUUAGCGGAUGGUAGUAUAUAUGUGUAUGAGUACGAGAAAGUUCAUUUACGAAAAAAAGCUGAACCAAAGUGUAAUAGAGCUAAUAACGAUAAAGAAAAUAAUGAUAGCUUGCUAUCAGAUGAUGUUUCUCUAAAUACUUCUGAUAUAAUUAUCAAGGAUGAAGUUAGUGACAUUAGCUUACAUGCUAUUGAGACAAGUAUUGUUAAUGAACUCCUAAACAAAGUAAUUGGGCCUGAGACAAUUAAUGUGUCUGAGACAACGAAUGAGCCUGAGACAUCAAAUGAGCCUGAGACAUCGAAUGAGCCUGAGACAAUCAAUGAGCCUGAGAAGUUUUCUUUUCAUUUCAUAAAGAAAACUCUGGAAGCUCAACCACUACGCAAAAAUUGGAGUUGGACAAUAAUUAAAAAUGCGAUUAUUUCUUUAUCAUAUAAAAAUUCGAAAUUGGAACUAGUUUGUCAUGCAAAAAUUGAUAUAAAUUUAAAAGUUACAAUUACCAAUGCAAAAACAAAUAUUCUGAUUGAUAUGGGUGUGAAUAUCUCUUCAAUGGAUUGCGUUUCACAAUUAAUGAGCGGUUUGGAAAGAACCUUUUUUUGUAGUGGAACUGGCUAUGAUGAGGAAAAAUGCUCACAAGUUUGUGCUGGUAUAUUAUCGCCCAAUGAAAUGUAUAAGAAAAAAGUACAGGACCACAGGUGCAUUGCCUGUCGAAAAUUAAGACGUUUGAUUCAAAAACACAAGAAGGAUACAAAUUAUGAAGCUCGAUGGAUGAAUGUGAAACAUAAUCAAGUUGUUCAGCAGGUAAUGUUUUGGCUUGAUUUAAUUCUUGGUGCAACCAAAUAUCUUGCUAAUUAUAACUUUAAACUCAGUGGAUCCAAGAUAUGAACACGAUUAUGAUAUUGCUGAAACGAGCGACUUUGUAAUUUCGUGGAUUGCGGGAUAUGUGGCCCGUAAAGUGAGUCGAUUCGCCAAUUGUUUUGAGUGCUCGGAAUCUUUACAGUCAAAUGGAUUUAAGGCUCGUGACAAAUUUAUACGAUACAUGGAUAAAGGCGCUUUAAUUUAUCCAAGCGAUCAAUUAUUUAAUUUAAUCACGAGUUUAGAAGAAAUUGUACUAAUGGUAGUUGGCACAAAGACAGUGAUACAAUGUUUGAGAUAUUAGAUGACGUAUCUAAAAGAAAUAUCUCAAUUUUUGUUGGCUGUGAUGAGCAUAAAAAAGAAUUAACGAAAAAAAUAAUUAACAAUUUCUUAAUAAUGCAGGGCCACUUUCUUGUAAAAUGUUUUAAUAAAAGUGCGACGGCGAGAAAAGUUAAAUCAAAAAAAGCUAGAAAGAAUUCCAAAUUACUAUAACUUACGUUUAUCAUUAAAAGAAAAAAAUUAAUCACCUUAACUUAAAUGAUAAUUUAAACUUUUUUACAGCGAAGAGAAAUUUCCACAAGUGUACUUGUCAAAUCUAAAUUGUUUAGUAUUUAAAUGUUAAAUCUUUUAUUUAUAACUAAUACGAUUAAUAAAUACUGAAAUUAAUAGGCAUUUAACAAUUUUAGAU